CACGCCCACUUGUUUUUCUUUAUCGAUACAUUUCAUUGGUUCGCAACACUGCCAAACUAAUCAGGCUUUGGGUUUUAGAAGUGUCUCACAUCUUUUAGGCGUUUUAGUCGUCGUAGGCUACAACCUGGCACACUUCCUGUUGACCAAGCAUUGUCUCUAGAGAUGGAGAAAAGUAAGCUGUGCUGAUAACUCACAGGCCUUUUGAAUGGGAUUCUAUGGCGAUUAAUGAAAAGCAGAGUAAGACAUUCUUGACGUUUUCGCGCAAGGAACAGUCAGACCUGGGUGUGCAGAUUGGGUGAGAUCAUGGCUGGAGACAUGCUUCUGAUGUUGGGGCUGGUCAGGAUGAGACCCAGGGUUAUGCAAACACAAGCCCUGGCAGCCUGCAGUGGACUGAGAGCUGUUGCCACAGAAAACAACCACACUGUAUCGCUGAAGGAGCAGGCUGUCAGGUGGAGUCCAAGAGCAGCUGUGGAUUCUACUCCGUAUCACCCAAGUUGUGUAGAAAAUGGUACUUCUGGAAACACACAACCAUUUAGAGAUCGACACAAUGAGAUGUUGAGCCCUGGAGUUCGAAGCAGGGGAAAUGCAAGCGCACUAAUUCUGGGGAGACCCGCACGCCAUCUCCUUAAAGCCUGCAGGGAUGGUGGACUACACCCCUCUGGACAGAUGAGAUGGACUCACCGGGACCAUUCGUCUGCAGGCAGCACAAAGGCUGAGGCAGCGGAGGGAACAGGGACGAGCAAAAAGAAAGACUCAUCACGGCACAAGCAAACACUAAGUGAGACUGCCAGAGAGAGGAAGGUGCCAGUCACCAGAAUUGGGAGGCUAGCCAACUUUGGAGGACUGGCUGUGGGCCUUGGCAUUGGAGCCAUCGCUGAGGUGGCCAAGAAGAGUCUGAGGUCCGAGGACAAAUCUGGAAGCAAAAAGGCCGUUCUGGACUCCAGUCCGUUCCUGUCCGAGGCGAAUGCGGAGAGGAUAGUCCGGACGCUGUGCAAAGUGCGUGGCGCUGCCCUGAAGCUGGGGCAGAUGCUGAGUAUUCAGGACGAUGCCUUCAUCAACCCCCAGCUGGCGAAAAUCUUUGAGCGUGUACGGCAGAGUGCAGACUUCAUGCCCACCAAGCAAAUGAUGAAAACCCUGAACUCUGACCUGGGGCCAAACUGGAGGGACAAGGUGGAGAUGUUUGAGGAGCGGCCAUUUGCGGCGGCCUCCAUUGGGCAGGUGCACUUGGCCAGGAUGAAGGAUGGGAGGGAGGUGGCCAUGAAGAUCCAGUACCCUGGGGUGGCCCAGAGCAUCAACAGUGAUGUGAACAACCUGAUGACAGUCCUGAGCAUGAGCAAUGCCUUACCUGAGGGCCUGUUCCCUGAGCACCUGAUCGAGGUGAUGAGUCGCGAGCUGGCGCUCGAGUGUGACUAUGUGCGAGAAGCCAAAUGUGCAAAGAAAUUCAAGGAGCUUCUGAAGGACCACCCGUUCUUCGAUGUGCCCGAGGUCGUGGAUGAGCUGAGCAGCCUCCGUGUCAUCACCACCGAGCUGGUGAACGGGUUCCCCCUGGACAAGGCCGAGGAGCUGCCCCAGGAACUCCGCAAUGAGAUCUGUGAGCAGAUCCUGCAGCUGUGUCUAAGGGAACUCUUUGAAUUCAGAUACAUGCAGACUGAUCCCAAUUGGUCCAACUUUUUCUUUGACCCACAGACACACAGGAUGUCGCUUCUGGACUUUGGUGCUACGCGAGGCUUUGAUGCCAGCUUCAUUGACAUAUACAUUGAGGUGAUCAAAGCAGCAGCAGAGCAGGACAGGCAGGGCGUCCUCCAGCGAUCCAUCGACAUGAAGUUCCUCACUGGCUACGAGUCAAAGGCGAUGGAGAAUGCCCACGUGGACGCGGUGAUGAUCUUGGGCGAGGCCUUCGCGUCGACCGUGCCGUUCGACUUCGGCGCGCAGAGCACCACCGAGCGCAUCCACAGCCUCAUCCCCGUCAUGCUCAAGCAGCGCCUGACCCCGCCCCCGGAGGAGACCUACUCGCUGCACCGCAAGAUGGGCGGCUCCUUCCUCAUCUGCUCGCGCCUCAAGGCCAAGAUCUCCUGCGGGAACAUGUUCCAGGAGGCCUACAGCAAGUACUGGGGCGACCGCAAGAGAGAAGUCGGCCAGUGAGAUCAGGUGAAGGCAGAGCCAGUGCUGCUGGUAAGACAAUAUAAUCUAAUGGUACUGAGGUGCAAAUGUGCACUUUAUUUGUUUUUGUUUUUUUUGGCAGGUUUGUUGAUUUUCUGUCUUGGUGCGACUGAUGUGCAUGUGUGACAACAAAGAUCCAUUUAUUAAAGAUUGAUUUAUUGGCAUGGUGUAGACAAAUGCACAACAGUCAGAUAUCAUGUUAUGCCAGAUUUUCUUUUUUUUUAGUUAUAACCAUUUGUUGUGCAGUUUUGAAUGUCUAAAAUGAAACACGUCAAAUCAUGUAAAUUUAAAAAAGAUAUAUUUUUGUAGCAAAAUGCACAAGUCAUUUCAUGUCUUCAGUCAAGUGACGCUAGGAGAGAUGAGAGACAUCAGAUAUCAGAGUGAUGGAGCAGUUUCCACGGUUUCUGUUGCUUGUGUGAUAAGAUGAGUCCUCAAACUGUUUUAGCCAGACAUUUGUGCUAGAGAACUUUAGCCAUACAAGAGAGGGAAGGCUGUGAUCAAGGUUUUGUAUUGUCAAUCUGUAAAAAUAAAUCAUUAAAUUAAUAAGAAAAAAUGUUCAUGAAGUGAAUGGUCAUGAAAAUAAACAUAAAUUGAUUCAAACGUC